AUGGUAAAGUUUUCUAAUUUAAUAGGAAAUUUGUUCAAUAAAACUGCAUCGUUGAAGCUUGAAACCGAUGCAGUUCCUUUACCACCGCGUGCGAAACAAGAAACCCAAGAAGAAAUGACGACAGCCCAGUCUAAUACAGCUACACUGCAAAGCGCGAAUUUCCUAAAUAACAACCAAAGCGGAAUACCGAACGCCCUGUCUGGAUCGGAGCAUUUGGCGUUGGUUCCAAAUCCUUCUACACAACCAGCGCCCACGAUGACCGUAGGAAAUAUUAACCCUUCACACACGAUUGUGAACAAUGUGCAGCAUAACACUCUGGCGGUCCCGCAAACAUCGAUUUCCAAUACAACCGGAAUGCAGGUCUACCAAAUAAAGAACGCAAACAAUUUACACAUCGGAAACAGCUAUACUUAUAACGCCGCUGCAGUCGAGGAUGCACCUUCAUCAAGUGGCUCUUUGCCGGGACCAUCAAGCGUUAAAUGGGCAAACUUGCGACUUUCAAAUACCAUUUCACAAAUAAUGCAGUGCGAGGACGACGUGGAUACGGAAAUCAUCGAUACUAUUUCGCGACACUUGGGAUUUGAGUGGAAAAGCUUUGCGCGUAAAUUAGAAUACUCGGAGGGACAGAUAGAUGCCUUCGAAGCCGACAACAAUACUUUAUCUGAGCGAAUCUACGAUUUUGUGUUGGACUGGACUCGCAACGAAGAUGAACCAACGCUUGGGAGGCUAGUAACACUGUUAUGGAAUAACAAGCACAAGGAAACGGUAUAUUACAUCAAGCAAUUGUGGAAAAAACGAAGAGAACAAAGCUCUCCAGGUCGAAGCAGUUAACACUGUGCAAAAGUACGUUACCACACUCAUUCCACUUCUAUGCAUAGCAUAGAUGCAUUUUAUAAUCAUAUUAUUUUUUGGACGCCCAAUUUUAAUAGGAAUUUUAUUUUAAACCGCCUAAUUUUAAACGGGCGCUAUGGCUAUUCGUAUAACGUAAUCUUUUUAUCUCAACUUACGAACAAAAGGUAUAUGAUAGUUUAAAUGUGUGAUACCGAGAGAUGUGAAGCUUGAAAAC